AUCAAAAUUAUAGCUGUUCUUCACAGACGCUGUGACAUAAAGUCAGAUCUUUUUGUUAUAAACACUCAGAUUGAAGCUAAAAAUCAUGCUGGCCACCAGGACUUUGCUGUCAAAGCAAACGCUGACUGUUCUUUCUCGUCAGCCUGCCUGCUUUGUUCACCAUGGUGACCAUGGCAACUGGGGAAAUACUAAUAUUGCAGUGGUUUUCUCAGGAUGUGGCUGGUGGGAUGGGACUGAUGUCCAUGAGGGAGUAUACACCAUGUACCACCUGAGCCGUAAUGGUGCUCGCUUCCAGAUGUUUGCUCCAAAUCAGCAGCAGAUGCAUGUGAUGGACCACAUGAAAAAGCAACCUGCCACUGGGGAGAACCGGAACAUGAUGAUUGAAUCGGCUCGCUUCAGUCAUAAUCAAGGAAACAUGCAAAUGCAAGACCUGUCCAAGCUGGAUGUCAACAGUUUUGAUGCUGUCAUCUUUCCUGGUGGCAACGGCGUCACUAAGAAUCUAUCCUCUUUCGUGAAGGAUGGCAAAGACUGCAAAUUGCAUAGUGAUGUGGAAAGAGUGCUUAAAGAUUUCCAUCGUACUCGCAAGCCUAUUGGACUGGCCAGCAUGGCUUCUAUGCUGGCCUGCCGUGUGCUGCCGGGCAUCGAGGUCACCAUGGGCUAUGAACGUGAUGAGAACACUCGCUGGGGGAACUGGCCACACACGAACAUGGUGCAAGCUAUAAAGAGCAUGGGUGCACGCCACACUGGCCGUGAGCCAUACGAAGCCUAUGUAGACGAGAAGAACAAAGUGGUCAGUACCCCUUCCUUCAUGUGGGAGACAGACUAUCACUACCACUACAUUUUUGAUGGCAUUGGAAAUAUGGUCAAACAUGUCAUGCGCAUGUCAACAAAGUAA